CAACUCUGUUAGAGAUAGACUUGUCUUCUUGCUGCAAGACUAAACGAUCUAACUCUUUCUUGACUCCAUCGACUCUGUGCACUCCUUGAGAAAAGAUUUUCCCAACAGCAUCUUAGUUCUUCCCAGAUAAAGGCUUUAGCAUUUCUUCCUCAAUACAAAGAAUCAUCCUUACAAUUGGCUUUUGGCUACACUAAUUUAUAUAUCCGGAGAAUAUGUAAAACACCACAAUAGCAAUGCAUAUUUUCAUUUGAUCUCCUCUUAUUUGCAGAUGUGCGAGUCUUGUGGCAACCUAUGCAGACCACUUUCACAAAGACAUCAUCGCCUUACCCGUGCACAUCAAGGACAGACUGGUGCGGAUCAUGACAUCUCAUGGCACAGUGACCGACCUCAACAUCAGUCAGCUGCUGCAUGCUGGGAUACACAAGUUGGACUUGCAGAACUGCCUGGUAUCGGACUCUGCCCUGAGACAGAUUCACUGCCCUGAGCUCCGGACGAUUCUCCUGCGAGGCUGCCUCGCUAUCUCCUCAGAAGAUGUGCGAGUCUUGUGGCAACCUAUGCAGACCACUUUCACAAAGACAUCAUCGCCUUACCAGUGCACAUCAAGGACAGACUGGUGCGGAUCAUGACAUCUCAUGGCACAGUGACCGACCUCAACAUCAGUCAGCUGCUGCAUGCUGGGAUACACAAGUUGGACUUGCAGAACUGCCUGGUAUCGGACUCUGCCCUGAGACAGAUUCACUGCCCUGAGCUCCGGACGGUUCUCCUGCGAGGCUGCCUCGCUAUCUCCUCAGAAGGGUUGGGGGCCCUGGCCUCCUCCUGCCCCCGCCUGCAGGUUGUGGACCUGACGGAGUGUGCUGGGGUGGCAGACCGGGGUGUCCUGGCCCUGGCUCGCUGCUGCCCCACCCUACAGGUGCUCUCCCUGGGGGACUGCUCCGCCGUGGGAGACGCCUCGCUGCUGGCGCUGGCCGGGAGCUGCGGGAUGCUGCACAGCCUGUACCUGUCUGGAACACAGGUCACGGAUGUGGGUGUCACUGGGCUUGCUACAGGACUCUGCUCCAACAACCUUAAAGAACUGCAGCUGGCUCGGUGUAGUAACCUGACUGACCAGGCCGUGAUGGCUGUCCUCACACAUUGCCCCAACAUCCGCAUAUUCAACUUUCAUGGAUGUCCUCUCAUCACAGAUCGUUCCAGAGACGCCCUCCACAACCUCACCGGCCCUGACAAGAUACAACAAGUGACCUGGACUGUUUACUGAGGACGUGACGGGGACUUGAGGCUCUCAAAAUAUCUGAAAAUUGACUGGGUGAUGGGCAGUUUGGUCAUACCGUUCUGUAAUCCACCGGGACUUUUGAUGACAAAGUGGGUCCCAGUGAGCAAAAACACAGGUUCAGUAGUUGGUACAUGUCGGAGGAUAUGAUACAAUGGACUUCUGUAUUCUUAAAAAAAAAACAUCUUAGAAAGUCCCAAAAAUAAUUGUGUACUGGAAAGCCCCAUUGAAUGCUCUAUGGUCCAAACCCGGUGUAUCAGUCCUUGACUCUGGAAUGAGCUGAAGGGAGGCAACCAUGGUUCUGUGGGGCUUUGUGUUUAUAACAGAAAUAAGGAGUCCAUGUUUGUGUUCCUUUCAUCUGGACUACAGGGGGACCCCCUCAUCCAUCAGACCAGAGUGAAGGAGAACCAAGAUAAAGGAUCUUUGCACAUGGGAUAGAAGCACUUUCGCUAACGUUUGUAUGUCAGCUUUUAGGUUCAUAGACAACGCUGAAUUGUGAGCUUGUCUUAAAGGCACAUUUCCACUUAAAACUUUAUUGGUUUACAAGUUUAAUGACACAGAUCGACUCUGUACAGUUUGCAUUGUUGUUGUUAAUCUUAUAAACAUCUUGAGGGGCUCUUUGUGUAAUUUUUCCAAACUGGUGUCAAGGCACUUAAAGGAAUCACUCAUAGAACAGUCUGAGUUAAACAACUUUGAAGAGGAUUACUGUACAGUGAGACACUACAUAGUUAAGUUGUUAGUGAACAAACAGGAGAGAAUCCUGGAUAUCUACUGGUCAGAGCCGAGGUUGAUACUGCCACACAGAGGAGCAGGUGAGUCCAUAGUUCUCCUGCUGAACAGCAGGGGGCAGCUCGUACUGCGCCAGGCACUGCAGCCGGCUCCUGCUUCGCUGCUUCUCAAACUGGGCCCUUCCUGGGUCUCCAAUAAGAACCUGGGUCCCCUGGGUUUGGAUGCAGCGGUCCAACCAGAGCCGGAGGCUGUCAGCCAGGGCUUCGUCAUAGAACAUGUCUCCAAGGAGGAUGAGGUCAUAUCCCCCGGAGUGUGAACCAAUCAGGUUGUCCGUGACACAGAGGAUGGGAUCCAGCCUGUUCAGCUCACAGUUGAUCUGGGUCGCCACGGCUGCAACUACACCAGGAUCAAGAGUUAGGGUUCUGAUACCAAUAUGCUUUCUGAUCAGGGGCUUAGGUUUGUUUUCAAAUGUGGGUGGGACAGGUUUUUUUAAAUAACUGAUGUAAUAGAAUUUUAGGAUGUAUGUUGAUUUUGUGUUUUAAAUGUGGUUCAUUGAUAAAAGACAUGCUGGAACAACCACUUAUGUUGUUUUCAGGAAGGGGAGAUAAUUAAGCUGAGUUAGAAAAAGUUGAGAUAUUGUAAAGUGUUAACAAUUGUUGGGGGAUUGUUUAUGAUAGGACAGAUGGACAGAUCUGUACUAACUAUUUCUGAGGGUGAUGACCCCACAAAGGUCAGUUGACCAUUUGGGAUGGUCAUCUUGUGGAGUUUUGACUUCCUGACUUGGAGAGAAUUGCAGCAUGAGAGUUCUUAUCACCUGGGGGAAGGAGCUUUGGGACAGCAGGUUCUGAGGCUGUGUGGUUUCAACUAUGCUUGUAUUGACCACCAAACACAAAAUCUGUGCAAUAUAUUUAAUUACUCAGUCAUAUUAUUAUUAUACUUACUUAUUUUGCCACAUAGUUGUUUGGCACUGUGUUGCACUUUUACUCUUGUUUGUAGUUUGCACUAUCUCUACGCUGCUGUAAUCCUGCGAAUUUUCCCAUUGUGGGACGAAUAAAGGAUUAUCUUAUUGUUUUAGGA